AUGGCGUCCAGCCGGGUGCUGGAGAGAGAGGUCCGGGAGGAGCCGAGAAGCGCUGCAGCCACAAGCCUCGACUUCUGCGACCGCAAAUAUUCCCUGCUCAUCAUCAUCGGACGGAUCAGUCACCCGAGCCUGACAGGGCAAAUCCGCAGGGAGAUUGAACGAGGUAUACGGUCAUGGGAUGUGGACUUGAUAUCCUGUAACCUGAACCUCUAUCUCCAGGAGUUCCUCUCUCAUCACACCGUCUCAUUCAAAGGUGCAGGGCAGAGGUGUCUGCGCCACAGCACCAGAGUGUUGGACACUCAGGUGCUGAUCAGUCCGUCUCAGGAAAAAGUCCAUUCAGAGGUGUUAGGUCUGUUAACCAGUGAAUCAGCUCAUAAGUUGCUGCUCUUGGCUGGCCAGAGUGUGGAGGAAAGUGGAGACUUGCUCUUUCACAAAGGACUGUUCUCGCCACACCAGCUGAAACACAUCAUCACAGAGCAGUUCUUAGAUCAAGACAACACUGUCUCCUCGACCCCAUCCUCAAAGCUCAGUCUUACCCUCAGCUGUCCCAACACCAGCCAGUGGACGAAGUCUCUCUUAGGAAACCAGGCUUUCCAGGGGCCUGUCACACUCCACAUCAAUCCUCCAGAGGUGCUGCCUGCCAUGGAGGCUCUGGAGGACUUCACCUCCCUUAUCUCUGGUUCUCUCUGGCCCCCAUCCCCCUUUGACCUUCUCCCACCUCCCGGUACAGUUGGCUUUCUCAAACUCUCCCGCCCCUGCUGCUACGUGUUUCCUGCCGGCCGCGGUGAUUGUGCCUUCUUUGCCGUUAACGGUUUCACGGUGCUUGUGGAUGGCGGGUCGGACUCUCAGGCCUGUUUCUGGAAGCUGGUGCGGCACCUAGAUCGGGUUGAUGCAGUUCUGUUGACUCACGUUGGGACGGAGAACCUCCCCGGGGUCAAUACUUUCCUUGAGAGGAAGGUGGCUGAGAUGGAGAUAGGCUCGGACGUCAAAGAUGACACAUCUAAGAGACUGAUCUCCCCAGAGCUGGGAGUGGUGUUCUUUAAUGCCCCCAGCAGGCUGCAGGUGGAACAACAGCCAAGUGUGAACAAUGUCCUCAAGAGUGCAGACCAGGCGACUCAAACCUUACACCUGUUAAGGAAAUUAGAAAUCAGACCACAGCCCAUGUUUCGACCGCGAGGGGUCCCCAUCGAGCCGUUGACCUUGUUCCAGAAAAUGGGGGUGGGACAGUUGGACCUGUACAUCCUCAGCCCAGGCAAAACCAGCCAGGAGUACCAAACACUCAUGCAAAACUGGCCUGACACCAUGUACCCAGCAUCGCAAUCCCAAAAUCUCCCUCUCACUGCCCUGGUCUCAGUGUGCGCCCUGCUUGUGUGGCACCCAGCCUGCCCUCAGGAGAAAGUUGUCAGGGUGCUGUUCCCUGGUGUUGCUCCACAGGCGAAAGUAUUGGAGGGGCUGGAGAAGCUGAGGGGGGUGGCCUUCCUCCAGAAGCCUACUGUGACCACUGGAGACCUGGAGAGACUGGGGGAAGACAGGCAGGCCAAGAGAACAGAGAGCCAGGAUAGUGGCAGGUCAGUAGGGAAGGACACAACACCCAGAUCAGGGAAAGAGGGAAAGGAGGCACUGGUGAAGGAAAAAGGAAAAGCUGUGAAUGGAAGUAGUGUGAGAGAUGAGGGGAAGAGAGAUGUUGACAAAACCAAAAUCAAAGAGGUAGGUGUAAAGCAAAAAGCAGCAUUGUCAGAUAAGAAUACUGCAAAGAAGGGAGGGGGGAGAGAGGUGAAAAAGGAGGAGAAGACAGGGAAGAGAGAGGAGAAUGGUCUUAAGAGGAAAGAACAAGUGAAAAAGGAAGUUCUCCCUUCAAAACCAAAGAUUGAAAAUAAAACCAAGCUUAAAAAGGACGCGAAAAAUGACUCCAAAGCGGGCGGGAAGAAGACUGGCAAAGGAAAGGAGAUGAAAACUGAUUCAAAUAUAGAUGCCAAGAGGGCUCAUGUGAAUACUGAAUUGUCGAAUAACCACUCAGACAACCCCAACACGGGGACUUUGUCGGAAAACUUGCAACUAGAGGCCCCCGAUAAGGAGCAACAGAAUCAAAAAAUGGUGCAAGAGUCUGAGGAGAACCCCUGUGGCUCCAAAAUGUCUACACCUGAGGAUAUGACAGAGGAUUUUCUCAGGCUCAGGGAAUCUGAAAGAGAAGAGGUACAGGUGGAAACAGCAGAUAAAGGAAAGGAGGAAAGCAGCAAUUUGGGAAAUGAAAAGAGCCUCGGAGGUCUCGGUAUAGAAACAAAUAAUGACACCCCAGAGGUACAAGGGGAGGAAGCUGCAGGUGGAGCAGGGAUAAUGGGAGGAGAGAGCGAGGAUAAUGGAGCACAAGAGAGAGCUGGAUCUGGGGAGAAAGCUGACGCGCAUAUACUGACAGAGGCCGCUGACAAACCAGAACAGCCCUCCAAGGUUUGUAGGCUUUCCGGCUCCUUUGAACAAGACCCCAAACCAACUGAGUACACUCUCUGGAUGGGUUUGCAACACAGCCCUCCCUCUCGGUCGUCUCCGGAGAACCAGGCACCUCUCAGUCCUGAUGAGGAGACUGUUGAGCCUGCCUCCCCUGACUCUCGGCCCAACAGCGCAGGCCACACACCCUACUGUCUGUCCCCAGAUGAUGUGUGGUGCAACAGAGAUACUCUCAGCAGGUUACAGGCCCAGAUAAACAACUCUGAGACCACUGAUGCCACCCAGCCACCUGGGUCCUCCAAGCAAAGUGACGGGCAGCUGUGUGAGGCCAAAAGCACCCCAGAGAGCCACACCACAUCAAACCCCAGAGAGAAGCACUUAAGUUUCCUCUCUCUGGGUUCACUUAAAGACGGAGCCUCUGAUCCUUCUCCCUCUGUUGCUACCACCACAACUACACACUCCAUGCCAGCUGAGGUGAGCUCUCCCCAGUCCACAGAAGUGGAUGAAUCCCUGUCCAUGUCGUUUGAGCAGGGUCCAACCACUGUGAGCCAGAGAGAAGGGGAUGACAGCGUUCAUCAUUCAUACUCCAACGGCAGCCAUUUUGUGGACUGCGAUUUUCGAGGUGGGAUGUCUUUACCACUGAAAAAGCCACCCAGAUCCCUCGGGCAGGGUUUGGAGAUGGGGCGCCCUCCAGGUCCCAACACUCUUCAUUUUGAGUCGGCGGCUCAUGACGUGGACCUGUGUCUGGUUUCCCCCUGUGAGUUCAAACAUUUCAAACCGCCUGACUCUAGCUCAGGUGCCAGCGACCCUUCCAGAGGAUCCUUGGGUCCACAUCAUCAUGGCAACAACAACAACAACCCCAGGGAUAUGUCAGCCAGUGAAUCAAACGCCCCCCUGUGCACAGAAGACUGCCCAUCCACCACAGCAGACGGAGCUCUGGACUCAGAUGAGGAUGAGUCGUGCAGUGAGCCCACUAACUCCCUGCAUGACCACCCAACCCAUCCGUCCCUCCCCCCCGACCCUCUUCCAGCCCCGCUCAGGGACAGUCCCCCUCUGCCCCCCCAGCCAGACACAUCUAUGCCAGUUCCUCAGUCUGAAUCUGAUGCUCAUGGGAAAGGAGCAAAGGCCUCUGGUAUGCGAGGGAAGAAAACACUAGGGAUCAGGCUCAUUUGGACUGUCCACACAGACAGGGAAAAACAGGACUGGGGGGCAAAGUGGAGGAACAAAGGCAGCCAGAGAUACACGUCUCUCGUACUCUUUCCUCCGGCUCCGGACUGCACCAGCCAAGUCUUCACCCACCCGGGCUCGAAGUCUAAUUCUGUUGGUGAAGUCAGCGUGUAUGUCGAUCUGGCCUACAUUCCCUCUGGAGCCUCCUCUCCAACAGUCAAUGUGGACUUCUUCAGAUGUGUUCGAUCUUCCUGCUACAUCAUCAGUGGCGACAGCCCGGAGAGAGAGGAGCUUAUGAGGCAAACGCUGGAUGCACUGUUAGAUGGCAAAAUGUCCUGGCCUGAUCCAAUGCAGGUGACAGUGAUCCCUACCUUUGAGUCAGUGUCAAUGCAGGAGUGGUACCAGCAGACCCUGGACAGACAGAGGGAGCUGAGCAUCACCGUCCUGGGCUCCAACAGCACUGUGGCCAUGCAGGAUGAAACCUUCUCUGCCUGCAAAAUAGAGUUCUGAGACAGGCUGGGCAAUGCAGAGUUGGAGGACAGGAGUGAAUCGGAGUUGAAGGAAUGAAACUAGGGAGGUGUGAUUGGGUGAGACAGAAGAAUCAGGGAAAGAAAUAGAGUGUUAAUAAAAGAAAAUAAAUGAUCCUUUUCCUGGAGAAACACAGGGGUGGAGAGUAAAUGGGUAAUUGGUAUGUAGAUGGGACCCUGCUACUCCCUGAACUCCAUCUCCUUCUCUUCCAUUACUUCUAUGUGGCCGCCUUUUGUGCUGAAGAGCCAUCAUUUCUGUUUAUCUAAAUACCCAACUUUCCAGGGAGAACACAAAUCCCAGUGGGGAAUGUUGCAUGAAUUAUUUGACCCAUGACCCUGUGCAAAGCAGGAGAGGAGAACACAUUGGUUGCAAAAAAAAACA